CGAAAAGGUUAUGCUGCUAAAUGGACUCAUAACGAUACAUGCAUAACGCAAACACACAUAUUUUCCGAUUUGUACGAAAGUUUACGUUUCUCAAAUUCGCGUCGUGAUUAAACUAAUAAUUAAAAUCCAAUUGAUUUUCCGGUUCGGAGUUCUUGUGAUUUUUUUUUGGUGAGAGUGUGCCAGUUCUUCCUUCUUAUGUUGACGUAGGUGAGGUUGUCGGUUGAAUGAUGAUGAACGCGGCGUUCUUGGAUGGUGGUCAUCACCAUCAUCAUCUGAGCUCUUAUGGCCUGAAGAUGAGUCCGGGCCCCCAGGAGGCGCUGCAGAAUUCGGCUGUAGCCGCUUCCGACGCUGGCCAAAAUCACCACUUCCAGACCAACUACGGCCACAUGGGUCACCUGAACCAUCCGCACGCUGGAUACGCGGCGCGCGAUUUCCUCCUGCGAAGGGAUCACGAUGGGUUCCCGACGGCGCAGACGGCACCCACGGACCCGGUGCUUUUCCAUCAUCAUCACGGUGACAUCGCUCCUCACCAUCAGCACCUCUCCGCCCCUCACCACCAGAUGCUUUACUCAAGGAGCGAUCACCACGCAGCAGCAGCCGCAGCCGCCUACCACACCCAGCCCAGUCACCCCCAAUACUUGAACGCACACAUGCCGAUGCCGCAUCAUCCAAGUAACGUUCAUGGUGCCUUCUUCAGGUACAUGCGGCAACCCAUCAAGCAGGAGAUGCAGUGUCUCUGGGUCGACCCAGAGCAACCGCCUCCGCGGAAGACAUGCGGCAAACAUUUCACCAGCAUGCACGAGAUCGUCACCCAUCUGACCGUCGAACACGUCGGCGGGCCAGAGUGCACGACGCACGCCUGCUUCUGGCAGAAUUGCUCCAGGAACGGCCGCCCCUUCAAGGCCAAGUACAAACUCGUCAACCACAUCCGCGUCCACACGGGCGAAAAACCCUUUCCCUGCCCGUUCCCAGGAUGCGGAAAAGUCUUUGCCAGAAGCGAGAACCUCAAAAUACACAAACGAACGCAUACCGGUGAGAAACCGUUCAAGUGCGAGUACGAAGGCUGUGAUCGACGGUUCGCCAACUCCAGUGACAGAAAGAAGCAUUCGCACGUGCACACGUCCGAUAAACCGUACAACUGUCGCGUGGCCGGCUGCGACAAGUCGUACACCCAUCCGUCCUCGUUGAGGAAGCACAUGAAAGUCCACGGAUGUUCGGGACGAUCACCGCAACACUACGACAGCGACGGCGAGGAGUCCAACUCGUCGUCGGCGGGAUCCAUCUCUGUGGCGGCGAGUCCCCAGGUCAAUGGCGCCCAUCAGGUGGGGCCACCGUCGACGUCGGUGCCGGCCGGCAUCGCGACGCCACCCACUGCUAUCAGCGAAUGGUACAUGUCCUGUCAACCGACGCCACCAACUUCUGAUCCCCUCGCAGGACUCAACCCCUUCGGACACUUGCAUCACGGAGGCGCCGCCACAGCCUACUGAUCAUGAUAGCUACAACCAUAGCAAAACCCCUCACCCGCCCCAAAAAUAAAAACAA